AUGAAGAAAACGCCGAGCGCAUCCCCCCUUUCCUCCGGUGAAUCGUCCGCGAUCGAUUCUCUCACUCGGCGAACUCACUCCUUCCCCUUCUCCCCUCAACGGCCUGCUUCCUCCUCCGCCAUCCCAUUCUCCUGGGAGCACGUUCCCGGCAUACCCAAAAACCCUAGAAAACCUAAUUUCAAUUCAAGUCCCGAUCGCAUCCCUCUCCCUCCACCUAUCCGAUUUGAAUCCCUAAAAUCAUGGUCGGAGGCCGACCCUUUCGCGGUGGCGUUCGCCGAGUGCGCUAAGGAGAAGCCGCCGGUAGAUCUUGAACGGGAGGAAAUUUUUCGGCGGAAAUCGGCGGUUGUUACGGAUUCAGGGAAGCGGAGGACGGCGGCGUGGUUCACCGUCGGCGGGUUAGGGUUUUACGGCUUGUAUGUGUCUUGCAAGGCUGCGGCGGCUACGUGCUCCGUUGUGGAUUCUACGGUCCGUGUGCGGCGGACCGGGACGGUGAACCGCCGGUGA